UAACACCUCCCUCUCCAGCCUGCACAACACGCUCCAACACGCUUCCACACGCUUCAGCACGCUCCAACAUGUCCUAAUACUCCAAGCACGUCUCUCAACAAGCUGUCUAUUGCGCAGCACUCUCUGGUCCUUCUGGUCCUCGAACCUGCCGUCGCGCAUAUCUCCCCAGGCCUGAUAUCCCUACCAUUACCCGCUCUCUGCACCCACCAACACAUGUGUGCAGCCUGUCGCGCAUCGUCGGUGAAGCUCCUCUGAGCUUCGCCAGGGGAAGCCAGGGCUGCCAUGUACGAGCGCGAGUUGAGCGUAGCUUCCUCGGUCCAUUUCUACGAGUCUGAAGGGACGCUGAAUGCUCCCGCAGGCCAGAUGCAGAGCGAUGCAUCGGUCGCAAAGCGCAAGGCAGAAGGCCUGUCUGCUGUCGCGGGGAAGAAGCGCAGGCUAGAUACACACGUACCUCCUUCCGUCCCAAGUCGGUUGGGAUACUGCGCAGGGCUGCCACCUGCUGUGUGGCAGCACAUCUUUUCUUUCUGUUCGCUUGCAGACCUUGGUCGGUUGAUUCAAGUCAAUCGACCCUUUCAUUCGUAUCUCACAGACGUGUCGAACGUGUCGAACGUCUCGAGCGUCUCGAGCGUCUCGAGCGUCUCGAGCGUCUCGAGCGUCUCGAACGUCUCCCCGUCCAAACCAGAGCAUGGUUGUUUGCAUCUCCUAAAGUCUGAAGCUCUGUGGGCCUCUGCCCGCAAUGCGUAUAACUCAAAUGCCCCAAAGCCCCUCCCAGGCCUUACUGAAGUGCAGAUGUGGCAGCUCGUCUGGUCGAAGAGGUGUCAGUUCUGUAACAAGCUCGAUCCUUCUGUUCCUGGUGAGAAGGUGUGGCAGCAAGGCCCAGGUGAAGCCGGAGUCCGCGCCAUCUGGCCAUUCGGCAUCAAAGCAUGUGGACCUUGUCUGAUGCAGCAAUGCCAGACAGACGCGAGCCUUCUCUUCUCCACCGCCUCUGCCCUCAGACCUGCGUUGCCGUUUGCGCUUCUUACAAACGACCACAACUACGUUCCUGCGUACGUUCUGCAGUCGACGGCAACGCCUGCCAAUGUCGAGAUUGGCAAAUACUACUACAAGAAGCAUGUCGAACAGAUAACACAGGAGCUCACCGAUACACUCGCUCUUGGGCCCGCUGCGGCUGAGGAGUGGUCCAAGGGUCUUGAAGCAAGAGGGAUGCAGCGCAUGAAGGCAGCUGAGAUCUGGGAGCGUUGGUAUACCAAACACAAGGACGCAAAGCGUGCAUCCUCCGUUGCGCGCUCACCUGCAGCCGCACCACGCAAGCUCUCUAAAUCCCCAAAGCGCCAAACAGCCUCCCCCGUCAUUCAUGCACCUGUCCCAGCGACGCCGAACACCCAUCACGCACACCAAAGGCCUCCCACUAUUCCCCCAAAUGCCUUCACCCCCCAGCCUGUGCUCACGGGAAGCGCUCAGCCAAACCAGCAGCGGAACCUCCAUGAUGCCAAUGAGGCCAAAGCAACCCGGAAAACGGACAUAGAGCGCCGAUGCCAGCACAUGAAUCCGCCUAUUGCUCCAAACAUAUUGCGCCACAUGGAUGCUUUCAAGGCAGCUAUCCAGAUAUCUCAGCCAAUGAACGACUAUGCGUGGAGCGUCUUGCAGCCUCGCCUAAUCGCCAACUUGCCUGCUGCCCAACAGGCCGAGGCCGACCACGUGUCCCGUGUAGCCUCGCUUCCGACAAAAACAACAGACCGCCGUCAUCAGGAUGCUAACUCCAAGGAAGCGAAGGAGGCCAUGGACCGCGAGUGGGAAGAAUCCCAACGAGCAAUCCGUGACAGGCUCAGCGCCAUCGCUGACGACUUCAUCAAUCGAGACUGGGACCAUGGGAAAGCUCUCACCUACGAGAACAGUCCGAAGUUUGCGGCGGACCUUCUCAUACACGUAAGGCGAGCUUACUAUGAAGAGGUGAAUGGGUCAGGAGCUGCGCGGCAGGCAUCGCAGGGAAGUGAGCCCUCAGACCACAGACCGCACUUGGUACUGGAGAAUAUGAAGUGGGUAUAUGAUAACAAGCUCAAACCCUUGACAGAACAGUAUCGCCGAGAAUUGUUUCUCUGCCAUGGCAACGACUGCGAGCAGAACAUCCGGCUCUACGGGUUCGAAGGUGUCGUCCAGCACUAUGGAGCAAAGCACACCACCGCGUUCAGCAGCGGUAACAUCGUCGUUGCCUGGAGAGAAGCUGAGUGGCCAGAGGAAACACCCUUCCAUCCGGAUCCUAUCUCAGUGAAACACGUUCCCCACGCGUCCUCUAACGGAACAGGUUACGGCGGGUUCUACGGUGGAUUUUCGCGGGCAGGAACCUCCACUCCCCAUAUGCCAACUCACAUGCCCCAAGCAAGCCCAGGUCCUUACCAGUAUGCCGGCUACAAUGGCCCCUUUGCUCCGCCUCAGGUACCAUAUGACUACUCGCAGGUCUAUGGUGCCCCUGCAGAGGGACAUCCAUACCAAUCGAUGGGCCCUCCCGGCUACGGUCCUCACCCCGGUAACCCUUCGUACAUGCCAUCUCCUGCUAUGAUCAAUCCUGCUGUAGCCCCGCCUCCUGGUAUGCCUCCACCACCCCAUGGCAUCGCCGAUCCUGUACCAAAUGGCAACGAGGAUCCGAAUCAGAGCACAGCCUCGUUCGACAAGGAAGUAAGUACCAUCAUCGGACUGGCCCAGGACAUGUGGAAACAGACCUCCGGUAUCAAGGACAUGCCCAAUAGCCUCCGGAUCUAUGUCUUGUUACAUCGCGUCAUUUCAAAGUUCCACGUUGAGUUCAAUUACGAACCAAAUCUAAACCACUUCAUUGGCGCGCUCUCUAACCGCGAGAUAUCAAAGGCGCUCAAGAAUGCGUCGGGUCUGUCUUGCAAAGCUUGUCAACUCCAGUCUGCUCACCACCUUACCGGCGCACACUACACAAAGCCGGAGGAGAGGAAAAACUACACUGUUUUGACUUUGUUUCAACACUUCCGUGCCCAGCAUCUAGUGAUCAAUCCUUCCGGUAUUGGUUAUGGACAGGCCUCCACUGCCCUGGACUGGAAAGAGGAUAUGAUCGAAUUGCCCAGCGAGCGCUUCAUCUCAGGGCUUAUACACGCUCCAGGUAUGGACGACGAGAAGCUUCUCAUGAUCGCAACCACCUUCCCGAGCUUAUUCCCCCUGCCUCUGCCAACGAUAGGCAAGAUCGAAGACGACGGGCUAACCUCGCCUGCUUCCUCUGGACCUGCAAAGGACAGCCUCCGUGCAAGUGGUACCCCGGGCGUUGCUCUAGACAGGUCAGGUCCAUCAUACAUCGGCGCUUCACGUACUGAGUCGCCUCGACCAUUAAAACCCGGAGAAGACGAGUACAACCCCGACCGGCCAUCCACUGCUGCCGACCGAGCAAACCAAGCUCCAACCACAGGGAGCAAAAAGCGUUCACACCGCGAUAGUCCACCUGAGCAAAGGGGGGAGCGCUACUAUGGUGAGCCCAGGUACUAUUUGGCCAGAGAGCAGCCGGACGACGGGUAUCCACGGCCUCGAGAGUACGUGGAGUAUGCUCCUAGCCCCCGAAUGUUUCACACAGCUCCUGUUUACGAUGAUUACUCUGGACGUCGUACUGGGUUCCGAGAGGCCGACCGUUUUUACGGCCCUCCACCCGAGGAGAUCCUCUACGCACGCCCUCAUGAAGGAGGCCAUAGUCGACAGUACAGCUCUCAUUUGCGCCAGGUCAGGUAUGCCGACGACGAUGGCCAACGCCCGGAAUAUCACUAUCCAGCCGAAGCUCGACCACGAGAAGCUAGUGGACCGCGUGGACAAUCAGCCGCAGAUCGUUUCCUCGAAGAGUUUGUCCCCGAGCAGCCUCCUGCAAGCGAAGAGCAACCUCCUCCACCCCCGCGGCCGGAUUCAAAGCCUUCCGUGUCAGCUCAUGAAGGCGAUGAUGGCUCUCGUUACACACCUCCACCGCCAAAUCCACCUCCUCCAAGCAAGCCUGAGAGUCAAACUCGGCCGCUUGCAGCACCACAGCCGGCACCGUCAACUGUCUCCAAUCAGUCUCGAUACGAAGCUCCUCCUCCGCAUGGCCGCCACAUCCUUACGCCAGACUCUGUAGGUCCUCCCCGCCGGCCUGCCCCUCAGCGCCGUAGAGACCAUCAUCAUGAACACCGGAUGCCAUCUCGCUACUACCGCUACAUGAGCGUUGCCGCCCGAGAGGAUCCCUACGGCCGCGCACCAAGCAUCACCCGAUCCCAAAGAAGCAGAUACGAGGAGCAGCGUCGCCGUAUCGACGAAGCAGAGACACCUCAGCCCACCACAGAACGAGACCGCGCAUACGAACCAGCCUACUCGCGGGAUCACAGCGUCGACCAUGCACCCCCCGAAGAACGCUUCUACCCACCUGCUCGCCCAGCACCGCGCGAUUACGUAUCUAUUCAAGAUCGUGCCCACCACUUCUCUCCACCGCGCUAUCACCGCUACGACGAACCUCGUGGACCCCCGCCGCCGAUGUACUACGAUGAAUAUGGACAGCCCGAGUACGAAAUCGUGCGCGUACGUGGCGACUACCGUCAACCGCGUCCGUACAUGGGAGAGUACCGUCAGCCCGGCCCUGCAAGCUAUGAGCCAUACCACGAGCCGUACACGUAUGAGCGUCCCCCUCCUCAAAGGUACAACAGCCGCCCGGAGGAGUUUGUUUACUACGAAGACAGAGAGAGGGAAAGGCCGCUACCAAGGCGACCAGUACACGAACCUGAGGCUGAGCCUCUAGAGCCUCCACCUGUUGGAGUUAAGAUCGAGGCUGCUACCCCUGUCCCGGGUAUUCCUGAUUGAGCGAAGAUGAUUGGACUCACCAGGAUUAUGAGUACACUUGCAACGUUCCAUGGUUUUUAUGAGAAUUUGCCCUGUACAUGUAUAACAAGUCACGACUUGCAGCGUUACGCGCGUUAUGCGAUUGGAAGCUAGCGAUCCAUAUAUAUUGUCUAUAUCAUUUACGAAGAAAUGAACAAUCCAUU